UUUUUUUUUUUCAAGAAGACAAGACAUGAGAUAUUUUAUUUGUGUUUCUUUCAUUAAACCCUACUGUUCUGUUCUAGCAAAAGCGGUUACCCCAACAUGGACGAGGAGGAACGUGACGAAGGAAGUUCUGUCCCGGGGGUUGUUGCCGCCGGCCAAACCCCAGACCAACUCGUCUCCAGGGCCAUAGCCCCCGUCAAGAAGGAAUUCCUCCGGCCCCCUCCGGUUCGGUCUGCCGCUCCAGACGACGACGUUUCCAUUCCCAACGAAAAUAAGACCUCUGUUCUGGCCAAGGAGAAGAAGUCUAAGCGCCAACUCAAACGCGAACGUCGUCAGGGACAAAAGUCGGCACGAAACCUAUGUCCAGAAAUUGCGAGGACGGGGGAUGUUAGUUCGUGUCCGUAUAAAGACAAAUGUCGUUUCAGCCAUGAUUUGGAAGGCUUCAAGGCGCAGAAACCGUCUGAUCUAGAAGGACAAUGCCCGUUCGUUAAAUCUGGAGUUUCUUGCCCUUAUGGCUUAGCGUGUAGAUUUUCGAGUACGCAUGAAGGUGGUGUGCCUUCUGGCGUUCGAAAUGGUCCGAAGAAUAGUUCCGAGGUGAAUGGAUUGAGCAAGGAGGUUCAAAAGCUUUUGUGGAAAAAUAAGAUGACCUUCUCGAAGGCAGAUGCCAAACUCAAAAGUGUCGGCCUCUUGGGAUCGUCUAAGUCAAUAAGGAAUGACUUGGAAAAUAAAGAGGGAGUUGGCACUGGUUCAAAUAAGUGUGAUCAUUCUGAUGACAGCGGCUCUUGUGUUGUAACGUCCGACUCAGGUUCUAAGUUGGACUGCCCUGCUGAAGUUAUGAAAGAUGAUGACAAUGACAUAUAUGGAAAAUCUGAAUCUGAUGAACUUUGUCCCCUGAAGCGAAGAAAAACUGAAGAAAACUGUGGUCCUGAUGAGGCACAAAAUGAAGAGAAUCGUGGUCCUAAGGAAUCAAAAAAUGAAGGUGUUACUGAGAAAAUUGUUGAAAGGAGAUGCACGGAAUCUGAAGCUGAUGCUAUAGUCCCGGAAACUGAUCUAAGCCUGAAGCAUCACUCGCGUGAAAAGAAGCUUAUUGAUUUCAGGGGGAAGUUGUAUCUUGCACCCUUAACUACUGUUGGCAAUCUCCCUUUCCGGAGAGUUUGCAAAGAAUUAGGUGCUGAUGUGACCUGUGGUGAAAUGGCAAUGUGCACGAAUCUUUUGCAGGGUCAAGCGUCAGAAUGGGCAUUGCUAAGACGACAUUCAUCUGAAGAUUUUUUUGGUGUACAAAUCUGUGGGGCAUAUCCAGAUACUGUGGCACGAACAGUUGAACUAAUAGAGCAAGAAUGCACUGUAGAUUUUAUUGACAUAAAUAUGGGUUGCCCUAUUGACAUAGUUGUGAAUAAGGGUGCUGGAUCAGCUCUUUUAACAAAACCAACGCGGAUGAAAAGUAUCGUAGAAGUAGCUUCGGGUACAGUGGAUAAGCCAAUAACUAUCAAGGUACGGACUGCUUAUUUUGAAGGGAAGAACCGCAUUGAUUCUCUGAUAGAAGACAUUGGUUCUUGGGGAGCCAGCGCGGUGACAAUACAUGGUAGGUCACGUCAACAACGCUAUAGCAAGCUUGCUGACUGGGACUAUGUAUACCAGUGUGCCAGGAAAGCCCCUACUACAUUGCCAGUAGUGGGGAAUGGAGACGUGUUUUCAUUUGUAGACUGGAACAACCACAGAACUGAAUGCCCGGAACUUGCUACGGACAUGAUUGCUCGUGGUGCACUUGUUAAACCUUGGAUAUUUACGGAGAUCAAGGAACAAAGACAUUGGGACAUCAGUUCUGGGGAGCGACUAAAUAUUCUCAAGGAUUUUGUGAAUUUUGGUCUGGAACACUGGGGUUCUGACACAAAAGGGGUUGAGACAACAAGGCGGUUCUUGUUGGAAUGGCUUAGCUACACUUGCAGGUAUAUACCCGUUGGUCUUUUGGAUGUAGUUCCACAACGGUUAAACUGGCGUCCACCUUCUUACUAUGGGCGUGAUGAGCUUGAGACACUAAUGGCCUCAGACUCUGCUGCUGAUUGGAUACGAAUAUCAGAGAUGUUACUCGGCAAGGUUCCUGAUGACUUUAGAUUUGCACCAAAGCAUAAAUCAAACGCAUAUGAUAGAGCUGAAAAUGGUUAAUUCUAGUGAUUCUUAUUUUGAUGAGAACCAUUUUCUUCUCAACUGCUGACUCAUGAGGAGACAUCUGGUGUGUAUUUGAUUAUUUGAUGUCUUUCCCUAUUUCUUACUGCCCCGUGUUGGCUGGAAAAAGCUGAAGAGACAUUAGGCAGCAUUCUUAUCUAUUUGUUUCAUUGGGGGAAUUGUUCAUCAUUGACUUUGACUUUGAUUUUGAUUUUGAUUUCGAUUUCUCAACCCAUAUUCUAUAGUUUCAGUCCUCUCUACAAAGAAGAGACUGAACAUUUAAUAAAAUUUGACGUUUGUAGUGCAA